UGUGUCUAUAUUAUCCUAAUGUACGGUGAGAAGGAGAGUUUGAGUGGCCAAAGACUCUCCAAGGAUCACAGCUGGAGAAUCGCAGAGAUAAGUUGAGUCCUGGGGCCAGAAACCGAAAAAAUAAAAACAGCCCCUAAUCACCAGCAUGCCAAUAUUAGUGUUUGGGACUGUAUGAUGAAUAGAAAAUGGACAAAUUUACUGUCACUUUUGAUUACUGACCCCAAACUUCCAAAGAGUAGUGUGCAUUUUCUUUUCAAAUCUUUAAUUUCCCAUAAACAGAUGAAGCACAAUGUGUUGUGAAUUUUAAUAAAAAUGUGUCUUAUUCCAGCUACUGAUAACUCAAAUAUGGAACCUCAGUGCAGUUUGGAGUGCAAUUAUCUGACUUUUAAUGAUUAUAUGGACCUUCUGUGGACUACCUUAGCAGAAUUUCCAGGUAUUCUGGUCAGCCUGUGGAUGAUUGAUCAAAUUGGCCGGAAAAAAAGCAUGGCAAUUUGUUUUUUAUUGUUCUCUGUAUCUAUUUUGCCAUUGUGUGCCUGCACACAUAGGACAGUUCUCACAGUCUUUAUUUUCAUUGCUCGAGCCUGUAUAACAGGGGGCUGGCAGGUUGCAUAUGUUUAUACACCUGAGGUUUUCCCUACAGCAACCAGAGCUAUUGGUAUUGGUACAGGGAGCGGGAUGGCUUGUGUUGGAGCUUUCAUCACACCAUUUAUUGCUCAGGUCCUUCUGAAGUCAUCGGUUUACCUGACUGUCUCUGUGUAUUUAAUAUGUUCCUUGCUGGGCACAGUGGCAUCCUUGGUAUUGCCCACUGAAACAACAGGGCGGAGCCUCCAGGAAUCAACGCAAAGCACCAUGGAACAAAAAAACAUGGACAUGCCACAUGACUCUGAGAUGGCCGAAUCCUCCAGCAACACAUGUCCUUAACAGCACAUGGAAAACUGAAACUGAAAACUGGUCUUCGGAUUGAUAAUAGAGAAGGCUUUAAUGUGUAAUCAUGCCAUACCUGAUACCUGUACAUACCGAAUGUUAUGUAAUAAAUUCUGA